AAGGUCGCAGAUUUGUCGCUUACGCUCAUCUCAAGCGUCGUCAUCAUGGACUUGCAACCGCCGUCGGUGCUGGCUCAGUUGCCUCGCCCAUUGCACGCCUCUACCGGCAAAACUCACAUCGGCGAUGUCUUCAGUCUGGCCGAGUCGAAAAAGCGCAAGAGACAUGAGGUCGUCGUCGCGGCCGAUGGAGAAGCUGUGAACAUCUACAACAUCCAAACCCCCAAAUUGGUGACCUCCUAUGCCGUCCCGCCGCAAUCCUCCUUCACUUGCCAGCCCUGCUCGGUGCGCAGAAAGAUCCCCAGCAAAGCCGUGGUUAGAAGACAGACAUACAUCGCCUUGAAGCAACAGAUCAAGGCAUUCGUCGAAGAAAGUGGUGGCAACGGUUCCAGCGCGCCUGUUAUCUCUUCGUCGGCCUACUCCGUCAGCGACUCAGAGAGCCCAGUCAACUUUGUGGGAAUUGUCCCAAGCCCUUCUACCGAGGACGAACCGGAAGGCUCCUUCGACAUCCUCGCCGUUCAUCAGGAUGGCCGGGUCCGACGCCUUUCGCCCGACCUCAAGACCCAGCGGUGGAGCAUGAAGCACAGCGAGGUGGCGAAAAUCAGCUCGACGCACAACGUGAACGCCUGUUUCCUGGUCGAAUUCGAGGAUGCUAAGAAGUCCCUGCUCAAGCGCAGACAAGACCUGACGGCCCUGGCUCUCGGAAGCCUCACUGACUCUGGCGUGGACGAGCCUUCGAUUCUGUUGGUGGUAUCGCAUCCCAAUGGCUCCGACCCGGUCAAACUCAGCGACGUCAAAGUCCAGAUGUUCUCCGUUCCCUCGAGUGUCACCCACCAGGAGCGCAGCAUCGACGAAAGCCAGAAGAUGAGACACCUGCUCACAAUCAACAUCCCGGAGGUCAGCGGACAGGACACAAUCGAGCGCCAGGGCUCCCAGUGGUACUUCCACUCCGGAUCGGCCGGACUGAACCUCUCGUACCCCCACGGACACCUCAAUUUCGACCUCUCCCAGUACGCCCCCACCCUGACAUCGAAGUUCAUCCUUGAGAACGAGACGUUUUCGUCCAUCAUGCGCAUCUCUCCGCAAUCCGUGAUCGGCGCCGGUAGAUCGAUGAUCGCCGUCUACGACACGCAAUACAAGUCCAUCCAGCGGAGCAUCGCCGUCACCGACGUUCCAGCCAGUGGCUCCUCCAGUGCCAAGGCGCCCACGACUUUUGUCAGCUACUUCGCCCGAUUGGGCGUCGCGCUCGCCACGAAGAACAACACGCUCCUGGCAUUCGACCUCAGCUCGUCCAACCUCGCCGCAGGACCUCUCAAGCGCCCCCGGGACGGUCUCCUGAUCGACGCCAUUGGCCGCGGUAUCGAAUCCUCAGCUACGCAGUUAGACGCCAGCAGCUCAAAGAAGCCGCGCACGGAAGACGCCGCAGCCCUUGGAUUGAGCGCCAAGCAGACCGCGCGGUGGACGCAACUGACCGCCGACCUCCGCGAGUGCGUCCAGAACAGCAACACCCAUGAGUUCGACAACGCCGUCCAGCGAUUCUUCGGCGUCGGGGAGUCCAAGACCCUGCCAGGGCCCGAGAAGUUCGUCAACUCCGAGCUGACGCUCUUCCUGCUGACCCUGAUCUUCUCCCUGAAGGAGGACACCCAAACGAACGACAGCCUCUCUGCCCCCUCCGCCUCCCGUCUGUCGAUAGCCAUCUGGCCCGAGCGCACCUGCCAAUGGUUGAUCAACAUCGGCCACCUGUGCCAGGCGAACGUGGAGAUCGCGCUGCGCCGAAGCGCCAAGCCGCGCAUCCUGCCGCAGCUGCCCGUCGGCUCGUUCGUUCAGGGGCUGGUGGACUCAGACCCGACGCUGGAGCGCCUCAACAGCAUCCUGACAGGCCGCGCGCUGCUGUCGACGGACGAGCUCGCGUAUGCGCUGCGGUUGUUCCUAGCCAAGGCGCGGUCCAGCGCGAUCAUCCUCGAAGAAGAGCGCGCCAAGCUCCUCCUGCCCUCCCCCGAGACAACUACCUCUACCUCCACCUCUAAUACCACGACAACCACCACGAACCCCACACAAGCCCUCCAAACCCAACCCACCGACCCCACCUCCGACGAACCCGCCAGCCUACACAACAUCUACAAGGGCCUAAACACAACGCUCGAAAGACUGCACGCGCACCCGCAAGCGGCACUGACACACGCCCUACGCAUCACCCUGACGCGCGCAGAGCUCAUCUCAAUGGUGCAGCACCUGCGUCUCUGCCUCGCCACAAGCGGACACACGACGCGAUUCACCGAGAACCCACCGACGCCGAUCUCCGCCGACCAGACCAACCCCGCGCUCUCGCUCGAGACAAUCACGGGGACGCUGAACGUAGCGAUCGACGCAAUCGGGCCCUCAGGCUGGAUCUCCGCAGGCGGGGCGUUCGACGACACUGCGCGCGAACAGGAGCUAAUCGCAGACAUCAAGUCCGAGAUCUCGGCGGCGCUAGCGGGCGUCGAGGAGGCGAGCUAUCUCACCGGGAUUCUGCGCGAGUACCUGCGCUACGCCACCAGCGUCAAGGCCACCACCACCACCACCACGGCGGCGGCGGCGCCGGGGGCGGAGGCUACCGCACUAGCAGAACAACCCGCCGUCACUGCUGCGGCGUCAGCACACAUCCGCCACGAGAAGCUCAACGGCGCCGACCUGGUGGUCUUCGAUCCUGCGGACGGCGACGACGGCGACGCCUCCGGCAAGUUACUGCCGCUGUCGCUGAAGGCCGCUGCCGAGGUUAGCAAGACGAAGGUCCGUAAGGAGACGGGCGAGGUGCGCGCGCGCAGUAGUCGUGAGAUCGGGUAUCUGCGUCGGAAGGCCGUGGGCAAGUAUUCCUUUGAGAGGCUUUUUGUAUAG